AACUCAUUUGCCACAAUUUUUCAACAGCUUGUUGGUGAUCAAUCUAUCCCGUGGAAAAGAAAAUGCGUUCUAUACUUCUUGUUUUAGCGCUGGUCCUAUCCUGUGCUGCUGCAUUGCAAAGGAUCAAGCUUUACAAAAUGAAAACCAUCCGCCAAACUUUGUUGGAUGCUGGUAUCACUGCAGAGAUGCUGAAGGCGAAGUACUCUAAAUUUUCUGCCAGCAGAGGCGAUGAAUCUCUCAGCAAUUACUUGGAUGCUCAAUACUACGGUCCUAUCACUAUUGGUACACCACCACAAAACUUUAAAAUCCUUUUUGAUACUGGUUCUUCUGAUUUAUGGGUGCCAUCAACAAAAUGCAAUGGAAAUGCUGCAUGCGAAAGCCAUGAUAAAUAUGAUCAUACCAAAUCCAGCACUUACGUCUCUAAUGGACAACAAUGGUCCAUCCAAUAUGGUUCUGGUGCUGCUAGCGGUUUCCUCAGUGAAGAUGUUGUAACUGUUGCUGGUAUCAGUGUUAGAAAUCAAACUUUCGGUGAAGCUGUUGGCGAACCAGGUCUUUCUUUCGUUGCAGCCAAGUUUGAUGGAAUCUUGGGAAUGGGCUACAAACAACUCUCUGCUGAACGCACUAACCCGGUAUUCGUCAAUAUGGUACAACAAGGUCUUGUCCGAAAGCCAGUAUUUUCUUUCUAUCUUAACAGAAAGCAAGGAGGUGCUGUAGGAGGUGAACUCAUCCUUGGCGGUUCUGAUCCUAACUACUACAGUGGUCAAUUCAACUACGUUCCACUCAGCAGAGAAAGUUACUGGCAAUUCGCAAUGGACGGCGGUAAGGUAGCUACUGGUACAACUGUCUGUAAUGGUGGUUGUCAAGCUAUUGCUGAUACUGGCACUACAUUGAUCGUCGGACCUCCAGAAGAUGUUCAACGAAUCCAACAAGCUAUCGGAGCUCAGAAUGCUGGUGGACAAUACACCGUUGACUGUAGCACCAUCAGCUCUUUACCCACCAUUACCUUCACUAUUAACGGAGUCAAUUACCCACUUACUGGUGAACAAUACAUCUGGCAGGUUACCCAACAAGGACAGGAACAAUGCAUCAGUGGCUUCCAAGGUGGUGUUAUUGGUACCGGACCUCAAUGGAUCCUUGGUGAUGUAUUCAUCGGUGUCUACUACACCGAAUUUGACAUGGGCCAGAACAGACUUGGUUUCGCCAAGGCUGUUUAAAGCAAACAUAUAACUAUAGAAGUAGAGUCGUCUUAACGUCGUAACAUAUGAGCGAGUACGGCGCUGUUACGAAAUGCGUUAUACAAGUACCUGUAGCGACAAUUUUGUCUUUUAAAUCUCCUUUUACCGAUGAUAACACUUUUGUGAUGAUACUUUCUAAAUAAAAGUGCUUAGAUGUUUUUGUAAUAUUGAUGCAGUUGACUGUUAAACGCAUUGAUUUAGUAAGCGACGACAAUCGAGUGAAGCUUGGAUUCCACUGACAAAUUUGUGUAUUAUAGUCUGCAACGAUGUUAUUUUCUGAUUUACUAUAGUAUAUCUAGACUAAGCUCAGCUACACUUAUUACACUAUUACUGUACUGUCUUGUGAUUGUUUGAUUAUUAAGCGUUAGCGCCAAAACGUUGCGAUCUGGUUAAAUCUACUUGCAAGGAAGCUUAACUUUUUUUAAUUUUUGCAUAUUUAUGUACAAGUGUGAACUGUAAUAGCCUAUCCUAUAGCUGACGUUGCAUUCAUUAAAAUUAAAAAUCAUUACAACAUUAAUGAUAGAAUACUUUAUCGAUAAGGAUAGUUUGUUCAAUACAAGCAAAGUGGUUAUCGAUGCUGCUGCUGUCAUAGUUACGUCGUAUAGAAAAUUAAAAAGUAUCGUUACGAGCAUAUAUACUGCA